GAGCACCUGUACGCCCUCGAGGCGCCAUCUCGAACUCGCUCGGUGCCCAUGCAAGUCCUCGCUGUCGGUCCCUCGCGAUCCGGCACCGGCUCUCUUCGGGCGGCGCUGCUGCAACUCGGCUACGACCACUGCUACCACGGCCUCGACAUCGUAGACCACCCCGAAGAUGACCUCGCGUGGCACCGACUGCGUCUGAAACGAGAGCGCGGCGGCAGCCUGACAGCCGCCGACUUUGACGCCGUGAUCGGACACGGCGCCGGCAUCACUGACCAUGUCGCCGCGGCUUUUGCGCCGGAGCUCAUCGCGGCAUACCCCGACGCCAAGGUGAUCCUCAACAUCCGCCAGGACGUGGAUGCUUGGCAUCGCAGUGUCAUGGAGAUCUUGGACCCCCUGCACCAGAGCUGGACGUUCUGGUUUCGCAGCUGGUUCUGUUCUGAGCUGUUUUGGAUGCAGGAGGGCUUCAUCCGAGGCAACUGGAAUAUCUUCUACCGCGGCAGCUUCGAGAAGAACUCACGCAGGGCCCUGGAUGAGCAUUGCCUCCGGGUGCGACGCCUCGUGCAUCCCGACCGGCUGCUGGAGUGGGAUAUCCACGAUGGAUGGGAGCCGCUGUGCCGGUUCCUAGGCAAGCCUGUACCGCAGACGCCGUUUCCUACACUGAAUAGGGGUCUCCAAUACGAGAAGCUAUUUCGGGACCGCAUCGAGCGCGCGGAUCGCAAUAUUAAUCGGUGUAUCGCGAUGGUGGUGAUGGUAAUGAUGGCCCUGUGGGUGGUGGUGCUCGGAUGAUCGCGAUGACGCUUGCUUUGCAUUUCUUCUUCUUCAUCCUUUCCCACUGAAUAUUCUUUUGGAUGUGCGUGUAAUUUAAUCUAUUUAGAUUUUGUUUUCAACGAAAUAUGUUAGAACAGGGGGGGGUACUGGCCAGAAAGGCAGUCAAGCGGCUCCUCGCCUUCCAAUGUGAU